UUGACAGGUUGGUCGAUGUAAGAAAUUAAUUCGGAGUUUUCUUUUCAAAAAUACGCGUGCUGUUAAAGUUCUGAUUAGUCCUUGUUAUUGCAGAAAUUAUGUGUGUUUAUUUAGUUUUUUAACCACUUUCAUUUUGGAACGCAACGAUGUCGAAGGAUAUAAGAUCUUACUUCCAGACAAAAAAGCCGGCCAAGCCAGUAUUGCCUGAUGACGAUGAUGAUGUUAUUCCUGAAUCGCCGGAUGUUCAAAUCAAAAGCAAAAAAAAAGAAUCAAGGAAAAAGAGGUGUUUAAGUGAUUCUGAUGAUGAAAUAUUUACAUCAAAAAAGAAAAAGCCCACUUAUGAAGAAAGUAAACCAUCACAAAAGAAAAAGACGCCUGAUAAGCCAACAUUGAAAGAGGUCAAAGUAAUAGACAUGUUUGGAAGCGGCCCCAUUAAAAGAACAGAGCCAUUAGUGAAGAAGGUUAAGAAAAACACAGAAACUGGCAUUCAUUCUGAUGAUGAAUUUGAAAAGAGUCUUCUAGAAGUUGAUGCCUUAGAAGAAUCUCUUACUAAAGAUAUCAAAAAAGAGAAAUCUCCUUCAAAAGAGCCCAAAGAAUGUACACAUAGCAAGAAAGAUGACAAGUCACCAAACAAAAAUGUUCCCAAAUCUAUAGAUAAAAAAGACAAAGAUAAAUCACAAGUUUCCAAAGAUAAGUCACCCACAAAACUCAAUGGUGAUGGCCACAGUCAAGAAAUAAAAGAUAAACAUAAACAUCAUAAAUCAGGAAGUCAUUCAGAAGCAAAGAAAGAUAAAAACAGCAAGCAUGAAAGUGAAUCUCCUUCGAAAAAACAAACGAGUGAAGCUAUAACAUCUGACUUUCAGAAAAAGGAAAAGAAAGAUAAACAUGAGAAAGAUAAAAAAGAUGGGCAUGAUAAAGAUAAAUCUAAGAAAUCUACUAGUCACUCAAAGAUUGAAGAUGCAGGUACGUCAAAAGAUAAGAAGAGAGAUUUCAGUGAGUUUGUUGACAGUGAUAUCAGUAUUAUUGAAGAGCAUGAUGAUGAUAAACAUAAAAAUAAGAGAAAAAAAUUGGAUAAAAGCCUGAAUGAGUCUGUGCUGACAGAUGAGGAGAGACAUGAAAGAAAGAUGCAGUGUGCAGCUUUAUAUAAAAGUUAUCUGAACAGGUCAGGGCCUAAACAUUUAGGAGCCAAACAGAUUCCUGAGGGCUCCCCAAGUUGUCUGGCGAACUGUGCUUUCUUAUUGACUGGAGUGUUGGAUUCAUUCGAGAGAGAUGAAGUAGUCGAUGCUAUUGCCAAGUUUGGUGGGUGUGUUAAGACUGGCAUCAGUAAAAAGGUAACACACGUCUUAGCCGGAGACGACGCUGGCCCGGCGAAGAUGGCUAAAGCACAAGAUCUUGGCAUCAAGAUCAUAUCUGAAGACGAUUUCCUACAAAUGAUCGUCGACAAUUCCAAAAAAUCAUCAAACACCAAACUCGACAUUAAGAAAGAAACAAAAAAAGAAAAGAGUCCUAGUAGAAAGACUCCUAAAAAGAGUCCGCAAGAUAAACCAGAAAAGAAAGAAAGCAAGGAAAAGCAAGAUAAAGAUAAGAAGACUCCAAAAGAUAAAAAUGAAUCACAUAAAGAAAGGAAACCAAGUAGAGAACAAUUAGAUACUAAAGAAUCUAAAAAUCAUGUGAAAGAUAAAAAUAGUAAAAUCAAAGAAGAGAAAUCAAAAAGUCCGAGUAAGGUUGACCAUUAUCAGAAAAAACUUGAAAUUAAAGAUGACGUUAAAUUGGAAAGGGAAUCAAAAUCAUGUUCUUCUAUAAAAUCAGAAGUGAAUGCGGCUCCAAUCCAGCCGACUAAAGCAUUGAGUACUAAUGCUCUCAAGCACUCAAGUUCAGUUCCAUUAUCUUCAAAUGCAAUAAUGUGGGUGGAAAAGUACAAACCACAGACUAUAAAACAAAUUAUAGGACAGCAUGGCGACGCUAGUAAUGUUAAGAAGCUUAUGAACUGGCUAACCAAGUGGUACGUGAAUAGGAAGGCCAAGUUGCCUAAGCCUAGUCCUUGGGCGAAGAAUGAUGACGGAGGCUACUUCAAGGCUGCUUUACUGUCUGGACCACCUGGCGUUGGUAAAACAACAACAGUAGCGCUGGUCUGCAAGGAGCUAGGGUUCGACAUGGUGGAGUUCAAUGCUUCCGACACAAGGAACAAAUCACUCAUCAAAGAACAAAUCGGGGAACUACUCACAACUACAUCACUCUCCGCUUAUGCUAAAGGUGACACAGGAAAGCAAGCAGUAACGAAGAAACACGUUCUAGUCAUGGACGAAGUAGACGGCAUGGCGGGGAAUGAGGAUAGAGGUGGCCUACAAGAGCUGAUAGCUCUGAUAAAGUCAUCAUCGGUGCCGAUCAUAUGCAUGUGCAACGACAGGAACAGUCAGAAGAUGCGGACGCUCGUCAAUUACUGUUAUGACCUGAGAUUCAACAGGCCUAGAGUCGAGCAAAUUAAGUCAGCAAUGAUGUCAAUAUGCUGCAAGGAAGGCAUUAAAAUCGCCCCGGACGCGCUAUCCCAACUCAUAGUAGCAGCCAAUCAGGAUGUGCGACAGACGAUGAACCUGCUCUCAAUGUGGGCAGUUGAUCCUGCUCUGAUGGACGCCGAUCGCCUCAAGAAAGACGCUCAGAGCGGCAAGAAGGAUAUUAAACUGGGCCCAUGGGAAGCGGUGCGCAAAGUAUUCUCUGCUGAAGACCACAAGUCGAUGAGCAUCAACGACAAGAGCGACCUCUUCUUCUACGACUACAGUCUCGCACCCCUGUUUGUCCACGAGAACUAUCUGCAGGUCUCGCCGCAUUGUCCUAAGAAUGAAAUCCUAGAUCGGUUCAGCAGAGCAGCAGACAGCAUAAGCAUGGGAGAUCUGAUUGACUCGAGGAUACGCGGCAGCCAGGCCUGGAGUCUACUUCCUAUGCAGGCGAUGUACGGGUCGGUGAUACCGGGUCACGAGCUCUCUGGCCACAUGACGGGGCAGAUCAACUUCCCCUCGUGGCUGGGGAACAACUCCAAGGCCAACAAGAUGCACCGUCUCUGCCAGGAGAUCCACGCUCACACCAGACUCAGUACUUCUGGCUCCAAAUCCUCGAUAUUCUUGGACUACGCGCCGCAUUUACGUGAUGCUGUUAUAACGCCACUCUUAAAAGAGAAAAGUGAAGGAAUAGAUAAGUCAUUGGAAGUGCUGGAAUCAUACCACUUGCUAAGAGAAGACUUGGAUUCUCUGGUUGAGCUGUCCUCGUGGUCGGGACAACGGAAUCCUAUGAUCCUGGUCGAUUCUAAGAUUAAAGCAGCCAUGACGCGAACGUACAAUAAGAAAGCUAUGGCACUGCCGUACGCGCCGGGCGCCGUGAAGAAAGGUCGCGCGAAGGACAACGAUGGUGAAGAAGACGGUGAGAAUGACGCCGAAGAAGAACAGGAUAGCGAUCCUGAGAAUGAUGCGCUUAUUAAGAAAAAGAAAGUAAAAGAAGAGAAAGCAGGCACAAGCAAAGACAGAGCGGGAUCGAGCAAAGAACGGCCCGCUUCUAGCAAGGACAAGCCCGGUACGAGUAGAAAGAAAAAAUAGCGGUCACUGAUAUCGCGAUGCCAGUUCAUUGCAUAUUAAGACUUAGUGCCAGUGAAUUAAUGAACUGUUUAAAUUGUGAACUAUCUGUGAGUAAAGUGUGAAUCUCUGAACGAAAAAUUACAUAUCCUCUGAGAGUCAUAACUACGAGCUACGUUAGGAACUUGUGAAGUAUAGGUACUUCACAACACUGAGAACAAAAAGUACCUAUACUUCACAAGUGUGUUGCUCAGUAAUUUGUUUCCGGAAUUUACCUGGCUUAAAGAUGUUACAGCGAUAAUGAUAACCCGUGCACGUCACGCCCGCAAAGCCUAUUGGCGGGGUUGAGACAAGCUUGUCAUCAAUCAUUAUCAAGGAAGAAAUCAAAAGUAAUAUAUCAAAGUACAAAAACAGGCUGGAAAACCACCCAAAUGAAAUGGCAGUGGAGCUAAUGAGAAACCCAAACACAUUUUUGAGACUGAAGAGGAAAGCGCCACAAGAUUUAAUCAAGUAACCAUUUAGGAUGGGUCAAUGGUUCCAUGCCUUGCAAGCCUGAUAGUAUGGAGAAUCAAAAAUAUUGCUGAAUGUCAUUGAUGAUAGAUUGCAUUACAAAGAGUAAAAAAAAAAAAUCAUUAUAAGUAGUUGUCAGAGUCCUAAGAUUCAUCUCCUAUAGCAAUGUAAUUUAAUAAGUAUCUCUUAUCCUGUCAGAAUAUCAGAGCUUGUCGGUCUGCCAGGAAAUGCUUGUAACUUGCAUUUUUGUAGUGGCUUUCUAGGAUACGCCUUUCCCUAGCAUAUUUUUUUUUGAUACAGCUCUUUUUAACGUCAGACUGACAAAUUUUCAUCAUUUUUUCUGUGUAGGCCGAAAGCCGAUCAGUUAUGUUGGCACUGCAAGGAUAACACACAAAAUUUUUAAUGUUCCCAAGUUUUUAAAUAGUGAUAGUGAAGUAUUACUUCAAAGCGCUUGUGAUACUACUAUACCCACCAUGUGAUCAUAAUGUUAAGGUCAGUUUUGUUUGUUUUCUUACUGUUCUGUAUCAAGAAUGAGGAUAGAAACUAUCUACUUCUCCCAUAAAGCAACAUUGCUAUUUCACAUUUGUUUGCAUUGCGCAUUUACUUUUAUAUGCGCAAAUGUCAAAUUGCAACAUUGCUUUCUUAGAUGAAUUGCUUCGAUGUGGCCAUUUUAACCCCCCAGGUGUUGCUACUGUUGAGUGUUCUUAAAUUUUAACAGUCAGUGUUAUAUUUAUUCCCUAAAGAUUGGUAAGCAGAAAACUUACAAAAACUUAUUUUCAAUUAAAACUGCGCUUUUCCAAAUGGCUUGUCUUUUUCGUAACUCAUCCUUCAGAUGGCACGGGAUACACUCCAUAUUGCUCCACAUUUUAUAUCAAUUUAUCACGAAUUUUAACUGGACAGUAUGAAGAACUGUUAAAAUAUAAGAACACUCAAUAGUGCUCUGGCCUACAUUUGAGCUUGUAGUUUUUAUCCUCAUUAAAACUGCUUCGCAGUUUACGAGUACAUAAUAGUAAUGUCAUAUUUUUCAUUAUUCUGCAUAAUCACAAUUGAAGAAUGUGUUUUGUAUGACUUACCUAUGGCAUUAAUUAUAUUGUGUACCAACAGGACUAUCCUGUAUAAAUGUUUUUCGUAAUCAUUAAGUAGUUUCCUAUCAUGUGUAAAAAGUACCUAAUUAGUGUUACCGUCUAAAUUGUGUUAAAUUACAAUAUUUUUUUAUUAAA